UAAACCCCCCCACUUUUAUCCUAAAACUUGAUUCUGGGCUCAACAACGUUGAAGACUCUGUUGGUUAAAAUUUUUCCUUUUCUCUGUCGUGUCAGUCGUGUUUUGCCGUUCAUCAACCAUAGUUAAAUUAAUUUUGAGGAGCAGAGACAUUGGUUUUAUUUUAAUUUAAAUUAUUUAAGUUAAAAAUUUAAGGGUUGCAAUAUGGCGGACAGGAUAUAUCAUCCUAAUGCUGAAUUGGCAAAAUCAGCUCAUUGUAAAAGUUUUGAUGAAUAUAAAAAAAUGCACGAAGAAUCAAUAAAAAAUCCUGAAAUUUUUUGGGGUGAAAUUGCAAAACAAUUUUAUUGGGAAACACCAUCAAGCAAUGAUAAAUUUUUUUCUUAUAAUUUUGAUAUUACAAAGGGUGAUAUUUUUGUCAAAUGGAUGGAAGGUGCAUCAACAAAUAUAAGUUUUAAUUUGUUGGAUAAAAAUGUCAAAUGUGGUAACGGUGAUAAAAUUGCAUUUUAUUGGGAAGGAAAUGAUCCUGAGGAUUAUUCUCGAUUAACUUAUCGUAAAUUAUUAGAAGAAACAUGUAGAUUUGCAAAUGUAUUAAAAUCAAAAGGAAUUCAAAAAGGUGAUCGUGUUGCAAUUUAUAUGCCAAUGAUAUUAGAACUUCCAGUUGCAAUGCUUGCAUGUACAAGAAUUGGUGCUGUACAUUCAGUUGUAUUUGCUGGUUAUUCAUCUGAUUCAUUAGCUGAAAGAAUGCUAGAUUCAAAAGCUAAAAUAUUAAUAACAGCUGAUGGUGUAUGGCGUGGUGAAAAACAACUUAAUUUAAAAAAAAUAUGUGAUGAUGCUAUGGAUAAAACUAAAUUACAUAAUCAUGAAAUUGAUACUUGUAUUGUUGUAUCACAUUUACGAAGACUUGCUAAUCCACAAGGUAAAUCAACAACAGAUAAAAAUCAAAAUGGUAUUAAUGGUACAAGUAAUGGUAAAAAUUGUGAAUUAAAUAUAUCAUGGAAUGAUGAACGUGAUUAUUGGUGGCAUGAAGAAAUGGAAGAUGCUGAUACAAGUUGUUAUCCAGUAUGGGUUAAUGCUGAAGAUCCAUUAUUUAUAUUAUACACAAGUGGAUCAACUGGUAAACCAAAAGGUGUACUUCAUACAACAGCUGGUUAUUUAAUUUAUGCUGCAACAACAUUUAAAUAUGUCUUUGAUUAUAAACAAAAUGAUGUUUAUUGGUGUACUGCUGAUAUUGGAUGGAUAACUGGACAUACAUAUGUUGUUUAUGGUCCAUUAGCUAAUUCUGGUACAUCUGUACUUUUUGAAGGAACACCAUUUUAUCCUGAUAAUGAUAGAUACUGGUCAGUCAUUGAUAAAUACAAAGUCAGUCAAUUUUAUACAGCACCAACAGCAAUAAGAAGUUUAAUGAAAUUUGGUGAUGAAUUUGUUAAAAAACAUGAUUUAAGUAGUCUCAAGGUACUUGGUUCUGUUGGUGAGCCAAUAAAUCCUGAAGCAUGGUUAUGGUUUUAUAAUUUAGUUGGUCAUGGUAAAUGUAGUAUUGCUGAUACAUUUUGGCAAACUGAAACUGGUGGUCAUGUUAUUACACCAUUACCUGGUGCAACACCAAUGAAACCAGGAUCAGCAACAUUUCCAUUCUUUGGUGUUUUGCCAGAAUUAUUAGAUGAAGAUGGUAAACUUAUUGAAGGUGAAGGUGAAGGAUAUUUAGUUUUUCGUCAACCUUGGCCUGGUAUGAUGAGAUCACUUUAUAAUAAUCAUGAACGUUUUCAAACAACUUAUUUUGAUAGAUUUCAUGGUUAUUAUUGUACUGGUGAUGGUGCUAGACGAGAUGCUGAUGGUUAUCUUUGGGUAACUGGGAGAAUUGAUGACAUGUUAAAUGUCUCUGGACAUUUAAUGUCAACAGCUGAAGUUGAAAGUGUUUUAGCUGAACAUCCAUUCUGUUCAGAAGCUGCUGUUGUGAGUAAACCACAUCCAGUUAAAGGACAAUGUCUUUAUUGUUUUGUAACACCAAAUGAUGGAAAUGUAUUUGACAAAAAAAUGCAAGAUGAACUUAAAAAAUUAGUGAGAGAAAGAAUUGGACCUUUUGCACAACCUGAUAUUAUUCAACAUGCUCCAGGUUUACCAAAAACUCGUUCUGGUAAAAUAAUGAGACGAGUACUUAGAAAAAUAGCAUUAGGUGAUAAAAAUGUUGGCGAUACAUCGACACUAGCUGAUGAGACUAUUGUCGAUCUACUUUUCCAGCUUCGACCUCAACAAGCCUAAGCCUUUGAAUAAAAAAAAAAUAUAUAUAUUUUAAAAUCGUCAAAAGCUACCUGAACGACGAUGAGCAUUUAAAAUUUAAAAAAAAAAAAAACUAUUUAAAACGGAAAUAAAAAAUAAAACAAAAAU